ACACACACAACGAGAUCGCAUCAAAGGCUGACCCGAAUCGGAUCCAUCAAAAUCGGAUGAGUCUCCAUGUUAAUUAGCAUACACCACCAGCGAAACGAAAAUGGAUCAAAACUUUUUCCCAUCCAUUUCAAAUUUUCUACUUUACCAAACGCUUUACACAGAUGCUCUCCCAUGCUUGUCGUUUUUCUUGUUCUCUGCAACUCUGUAUCGUGCAAUUCCACUGAAUCAACAACAUACUCUUGAAUUGUUUCCCCAUAUUUUCGAAAUUUCUGGAACCCUAUUUUCUUGGGAGGAAAAGUUGAAGAAAAUUGCGGAAACUGGGUGUGAGAUCGAGAGAGAAUGAGAAUGGGUUCAGAAUCGAACUCAUCAGCAACAGCAUCGUCGUCUCCGAGUGGGAAGCGGAGUAGAGAUCCAGAAGAUGAGGUUUAUCUCGACAAUCUCCAUUCUCACAAGCGUUAUCUUAGCGAGAUAAUGGCAUCGAGUUUGAAUGGAUUAACAGUUGGUGAUUCCAUCCCUGACAAUCUCAUGGAAUCUCCGGCUAGGCCAGACAACUUGUUUUAUCUCAGGGAUGAGAUGUCCAUACAAUAUUCUCCAAUGUCAGAAGACUCUGAUGACUUGAGAUACUGCGAAACUCCAAUACACACUUGUUCAUCCCAACCUGACAGCCUACCAACUAGUCCUGUCUCUCCAUACAGGUAUCAAAGACCCCUGAGUGGAUUCUAUUCUGCUCCCCCAACCACAUCGAACCCUUCACCCACCAUCACCUCCUCACAAACUCGUCAGCGAGGCUCUGAUUCCGAGGGCCGGUUUCCAUCAUCACCUAGUGAUAUAUGCCACUCAGCAGAUUUGAGGAGGGCUGCACUCUUGCGGUCGGUGCAGAUGAGAACUCAACCUCUGGGCCCUUCACCAUUUGAAUUGCCAUGUGGGCCAGGACAAGAGUCGUUUCAUAAUAUAGAAAUUGAAGAGCGGCCAUGCUCGUACAUGAAGGCUUUGGUUGAUGAGAGGGACUAUCAGAUUGAAGAAUGUUCUUCGUUUAAUAUCACCGAGCCUGAAUAUAAUGAAGAAAAGUCUUGCAGGGUGCUGAACGUGAAUAUGAAAGUGGAUGAUCCUGCGGAUAAAAUUCUUUGAACAAUGGGUUCGCAAAAUUGUGAAAUUGUUGGAAUUUGUAAUAGUUUCGAGAAAUUACCUGUCUCAAAAGUGAUGGUUUUUCCUGAAAGCUAUGGGAGGAUGUGGCAAUGGGCUGAAAGUGAAAAUUUGAAAGAGUUGCUUUUGUUUACUUACUGGGAAAAGGUACACCAUAUGCUCCCUAUCCCUUUCUUGUUGUUGGAGGCCAUGAUUUUGUUGUAUUAUGAUAAUGUUGUGAAUUGGUUGAUCUUUAUCCAAUCCAAUGGCCUCUGUUUUCCCCCAUUCUUCUCCAAAUCCUGUGACAAGGUAGGCUGGUUUGAGAUUAGCAUUUGCAAAUAUGCACGUAUGCGCAUAGAACUAACUGUUCUCAAAUCAUGAUGGCAAAAACUAGGAAAUCCUCUUUUCCAGUUUUUGGAUCUUGAAAUGCCGUGCCAAGUGUGAAUGUAUUUUUUGUCAGAAUAGUUUAGUAAUUUCUUUAGCCAAACCAAAAGGACAUCCUGAUUCAUCACCCAAGACUAUUCAAGAUCAGCUUAUUCGGCUUCAAUAGUCUGUUGUUACACAUUGUGUCGAUAUAAAGAUAUUACCAGGAAAGAAGUCAUUUUCUUCA